AUGGGGUUCUUCUCUCCCAUCCUGCAGGGUCCCAACCUGAGGAAAAUGGCUGCAGAAAAUCACUCUACAGUGACAGAGUUCAUUCUUGGGGGAUUAACAAAUCGGCCAGAGCUCCAGCUUCCCCUCUUCCUCCUCUUCCUUGGGAUCUACUCAGUCACCAUGAUAGGGAACCUGGGCAUGUUCACACUGAUUUGUCUGAAUGCUCAGCUUCACACCCCCAUGUACUACUUCCUCAGCAAUCUGUCACUUGUGGAUCUCUGCUACUCCUCUGUCAUUACGCCUAAAAUGCUGGUGAACUUUGUGUCAGAGAAGAACAUCAUCUCCUAUGCAGGGUGCAUGUCACAGCUCUACUUCUUCCUUGUGUUUGUCAUUGCCGAGUGUUACAUGCUGACGGUGAUGGCCUAUGACCGCUAUGUCGCCAUCUGCAGCCCUUUGCUUUACAACAUUAUCAUGUCUCAUCAAGUCUGUGCCCUGCUGGUGACUGCAGUCUAUGCCAUAGGGUUCAUUGGCUCAGCAAUAGAGACUGGCCUCAUGUUAAAACUAUCCUAUUGUGAGCUCUUCAUCAGUCAUUACUUCUGUGACAUCCUCCCCCUCAUGAAGCUCUCUUGCUCUAGCACCUAUGACAUUGAGAUGGUAGUCUUCUUUUUGGCUGGAUUUGACAUUAUAGUCACCAGCUUAACAGUCCUUGUUUCCUAUGUCUUCAUCCUCUCCAGCAUCCUCCACAUCAGCACCACAGAGGGAAAGGCCAAAGCCUUCAGCACCUGCAGCUCCCAUGUUAUAGCAGUGGGGAUAUUCUAUGGAUCUACUGCAUUCAUGUACUUAAAACCCUCCACAGCCAGUUCCCUGGCCCAAGAGAAUGUGGCCUCCGUGUUCUACACCACAAUUAUCCCCAUGCUGAACCCUUUAAUCUACAGCUUGAGGAAUAAGGAAGUAAAGGCUGCUGUGCAGAAAACACUGAGGAGAAAAAUGUUUUGA